GCUAUAAAAGAACAAUGCCUGGAGCACGCGUUCCCUCUUUCUGUCUGUAAAGAUGUCGUGGCAUUUUAUAGUCGGAGUUCUGUCUUUGUUUUUAUCGUUUUCAGUCCUUAUUUCAGGUAAUUAUUAUGUAGCAACUCUUUGUAAUUUUUCUUGAACGUAUUUUACAUGGAACUGUUUGAUAAUUUGGGUAGUUUUCAUGCGAGAAAUGAUAGAAAUCUAUGAUGAUAGAAAUGUAACUUAGAACGAGACCAUUUUGUAUAAAAGACUAUACGAACACCGAUAAAUUAGCGCUGUAUAGCAUUGCCUUGUCCUUUAAUACAUUUAGUUAUAUUUAUCCAGGACAGCGUUAAUAAAUGAAGUGGUCUUUUAUAAAUACUGGGACUACUGUAUGGAUUUUUUGAGGAGCAAAUAGUCCAUAAAUAUUGUAUACUGUACUCCAUAUUUUCGUGGAACUUAGGGGGGAGGGGGCGAGUUGGAUGUUGAUAUAAUAUCCUUAUGUUUUGCACACAAAUGUACGUCAUGGUCAGUGUCAAAAGAUAUAUGUUCAUGUGCAAAACGUAAGGAUGCCACUUCGAUAUUUGGAUCAAUGGAAGCUCCAAAAAAGAAAUUUUUUCAGCCUCCAUAUAUGAUCUCCAGAUUGGAAAUUUUAUAGCACACAGGUGGUAAAUCCCAGGGGCUGGUUGUAUAAAACUCUUAAUAACUUUUUUAAUGACUAUUUUGUAGUUAAAUAGUGAUUAACUCUCAAAUGUGCGCUUCUUAUUGGAUGACGUUUCCACUAACUAUAGUUAACUUUAAUCACUUUUUUAUACAACGGGCCCCAGCACAUUUUUCAAACAUUUUCAGCUGCACUUUAUAAUCGAUUCGCUUACCAGCAUGUUGGUAAUAGAAAUAUCAGUGAGAUUAUACCCCUAAAGCCCAGGGAAAAGCAGAAUUGUCCUUGCAAAAUGGGAGUCAAAAUUUGUUAUUACUUGUGCAUCUUGCAAACUUUCUGAUAUGAUCUUGUGAUGUUAAUUUUAUUGUCUCACAAUCAUUAGCUUUGACGAUUGUCACUUUUGUCUAAUGAUGACCAACAUAUAUAAUCUGUCAAUCCAAUGAUUAAGGAUGAUUAGACAAAUAUGUUUAUAUUUGCUGAAGACAAAAGCUAGUGAGUACCAAUUUACACUGGAGAUGAAUAAUCUGGAUAGCAUGUUUUGUAUUUUUGCUAAGAUGUGUAAUCACAGCAUAACCUCGUGUCAAUCAUUUUGAUUCUAGCUGAGCCAUGUAUUGAUGCUCAGGCAACAUCGAAGGUUUACUCGACAGCAAAUGUACUACUAGCAACAGAGUCAGUUUUCCUUGUUGAAUCGGCUGUGAAAUGUAGCAAUAACCCUAAGGUAACCAAUAAACUAUGUUAGCAAGUACAUGAGAGCCAAGCUGUUCUACCCAUAAAGUUGCAUUGUGCCCUAAUGUGUCCUACUUUGUUAUUUUACUCUGUCUAACGACAGACAGUUUUACUCGUCAAGGGGCACUCGCAAGUGACACUUAAUCUUACCAACUUAUAUCCUUCAAUGAUGAAUUUUGUAUCUUGUGAAAAUUACAAUGAUCAGUUACCUCUAAGAAGUUCUGAGAAGGAUUAAUAUAUAAAUUGGAAUGGUCUGUACUAGCGUAGGUUGUGACAAAAACACUUGUUGAACUAACUUCUCGACGAAGGGCCUUUGCUCAAAACAUCAAAGUUUUAAUUGUAUUUUUUCAGGUUAUUUAAGAAUUUCUUUACUACUUGCAAUCACAUAUUCACAAUUUGUAUCUUUAAGUAUCAAUAAAAUAAUACAUUACAUAAAAUACAUUUUUAGAAUCUUUUCCUAUAUGCUGAAAUUGAUGGCAAUUUAUAUCCUGUACCAAAAUCCGCAGACAAUUCUGUCCAUCAGGUAUAUGUUGAUCUAUAAAUUGGUAAUAAAUAUUUUAAUACCUUUGUCUAAUGAUGACCGACAUAUAAUCUGUCAAUCCAAUGAUUAAGGAUGAUUCGACAACUAUGUUCACAUUCACUGAAGACAAGACUAAUUCCCAGUGGCCAUUACCAAAUGCAACGAUUAGCAAAGAAAGAGAGUAGAAACCAAAAUCAAAGUGAUUUUUUUAUAUUCUUAGUUCAGUUGGGUGAAGCCACACAAGAAAGCAAAAUCUGGAGCGUACGUAAUAAAUUAUUAUGACGAGGAAGGUUAUGCUGCUCUAAGGAAGGUGAGCGAAAGUUUUCCAUUUUACAAUUUUUUUCAACUGUGGAGCAGUGAUGUGUGGUAGUAUAUAUUUUGUUUGAUAUUUUAGGCACAACGUAGUGAAGAAAAGUCUGAACAAAAGCCUUUGUUCACAGUAACUUUGAACCACAAGGUACAAAAUUAGUUUGACUUUAAAUGCAUGUCAAAACCUAGCUUCGGAUUGAUAGGGCUGCAACUACCUGAAAAUUACCCUUGUAUUUUUCAGGCAGUUACCAGAACUUCAACGUUUCGACCUUUGCUUGAAAUGUUGAAGUUAUCCUUGUAUUCAGGUAGUUGCAUCCCUAUCAAACCAUCCGAAGCUUUCUUAUUAUUGCCAUUACCUACACUGGCACAGACUGUUCAAGAUUAUGUCAAAACCUAGCCGAGUUUUGUGAUGCAAAUUUUAAAAAGUGGGAAAUAGAGGCAUAGAAUAAAGAUCCAUAUAGAAGGGCCACUUACGUUGGAAGCUUUGAAGUUUCUGUCCUCGCGCAUGUCUCAUUACGCAUGUUGGCCGCUAUUUUCCUAGUCAGUCAAUGACAUUUUCUGACCAAUAAACAUGCUGUACUGGCUGGCUGCUCUGCCUUCUGGCCAGUAAACUGCAUAUUUUUGCAUAGAAAAAACACGGACACAUUGCACCGCUGAGUGGCCCUUCUGUUACUGAUCUUUAUUCUGUGAUAGAGGCAAAGCAAUUUUGACAAGAGUUUUGGUUGGUAUAAAGAAUAAUGAAAUAAAGUAAACUUCUGUAUGAUUGUCUAGGCUGCCGGACGUGAAGGACUCUGGGUACAAACUGAAUUCAUUGCCGUCACAGCGGCUUUGUUAGUCUGGUGGUUUGCAACAGUAACGAAAAAUAAAAUGCAGGAGUAAUGUAUAAAGAACUGGAGUAGAAUGAAUUGUUAUAUGUUUAAAUUUUUACACUGUAAUAAAAUGUCCGAUUGUGUGCCA